AUGCAUGAACUAGCACUAAUCGUUUCCGAUAACCUAUUAACCAUAUGUGAUCGUGGAAGAUCAACCAAUUCCAAAAAGGAAUUCAAAAACCAAGAAGAAAAAAUUGUAAGAAACUGUAUGUAGGAAUAUAAAGUGAGUGGAGUCACCUAAAAUGAAUAUUAAAAAAGAAUUGACUCAUUUAGAAUUAUUAAUAAGAAAAAUUACAGUUAAGGGAAACCUUAAUAAAUCUUAGAAUAUAAUAUAAGUGUUUCAGAAGUAGAUAAGCCUAAAGAUAAGACUGAAAUUAUUGCUAUGCUCCAAGCUCUUAAGCUUCAAUCUAUCUAAUUACUAUAAAACAUAGAUUUUUAAUUAUGA